UUUUCCCACUUUUGACGCCCACACAGGCAGACUUCCUGGCACGUCGUGUCACCGGACCGAGAGUGGAAGCGUGGACCCGAGGUGAAAGUGUCAGCAGGGCAAGGUCGAUUUCUGGGAACCAGACCGGCUCAGACGGCCCGAGAAGAGGAAAAGGAAGGAUGGAGGAAGAGGACACGACGCAGAGCCGCCCACUGGACGUUCUCCCCGGUCAUCCAUCAAGUCUGGACUUCACCCUGCAGCACAUUGUUCGACAGCUGGAUGUUCUCACGCAGACCGUUUCCGUGCUGGAGGAGCGUCUCACCCUAACAGAGGACAAGAUGAAGGAGUGUCUCCAGCAUCAGUCUCAGAUCCUGAAAGACCUGAAGACAUCGGGACAGAGAUCUAGGACAGUGAGCGAAGACACGGAUGAGUCCCUUUUUCAUUUCACUUAAGGAUCCCCUUCUGCCCCCUCAUCUCUCAGGCAUAAACAGAGUGUCUCUAUGGCUUCUCUCAUAACUAUUAAGAAUGUAUGGGUAUGUGUGUGAGUGAUUUAUUUGUUUUUUUUGUUUUGGUUUUUUAAACCAACAUGACGGUGGUCCUAGUCUAGGAUCAGAGGGUUAAUCAGGAUUCUGGCAGCAGUCAGUGAUUUAUGGUGCAUCUCCUUGUGCGUAUGAGCGACUGACAUGUUUCCCUGUGUUUCUUUCAUCACUGACUGACAUCCAGCUGUACGGCGCAGCAUCCAUCUGUGUUUGAGCCGACAUGCUGAGGUGUAACCUGCUGUGACAACAGGCCAUCUGCUGUAGCGCCUCCCAGCAUUUACAUGUGGUUACUUGUAAAUAAGCCGGUGCUUUUUGCAGUUUGGCGCUGCAAAAAAUUUUAUUAUUUUUUUAUCUAUAUAUAUCAAUAUGUUUUGUAUCUAUUGUAAAAUUCUGAUUCAUAGAAACAUGAAACUGGGCGCAUUUGGCCUCAAAUUAAUCUUUUAUUAUUUAUAUGUUGAUAGAUAAAAUACUACAUUGCACUUUUUUAAGGCCAUCAAGACCAAAAUAGACUUUGGUUUUGCAUAAUAUUUUUAUUUUGCAAACUUGUUUCCUCUAACUGGUCAUAAUAUUAUCAUGUUUCAUGAAGUUGUGACUCGAUUCUCAUGUAGAGUCUUUGGAGAAAACUAAAGAUUUGGGUGACUGCAUACCAGAGGUGUUGAGGAAGCUCAGGUUUCUUUGACACCAGCCUUCAGUUUAUCUGUAUUGUUGGAUGUGGUGUCUCUCAUCUUCUCAUUGAUGGUAUUAGUCUAUAGUGUCUCUGUGGGGUUCAGGUCAGGCUAGUUUGCUGGCUAAUCAAGUGCAGGAACACCACGGUCAUUGAACGAGUCAUUUUGGUGCCUUUGGCAGUGUGGGAAAUGCCAAGUCCUGCUGAAAAUUGAAAUCAUGAUCUCCAUAAAGCAGGAAGCAUGAAGUGCUCUAAGAUUUCCUGCCAGACGGCUGAAAACCCAGUGAACCAAUAACAGCAGAUGAAACGGAACAUGUGUUUUUAUCAUCUGUAAAGCAUAAUCACCAAAAUUACAUGAAAUAAAGGCUUGGAAUAUUUCA